AUGUAUAUCACAAUCAAGGCGGGGUGUGGAUUUCUUUCUUUUUUUUUUCAGUGUUGGUUUCCUUUCUUUUUUCUAUCUUUUCAUUUUCAUUCUUUCUUUCUUUCUUCCUUUCUUUCUUUCAUCCUUCCUUUUUCUUUCUUUCUUUCUUUCUUUCUUUUCUCUGCCAUAUUUUUUGCCGUUUUUUCUUUCUUUCUUUCUUUCUCUCUUUCUUUUUUUCUUUCUUUCUUUCUUUCUUUCUAUCUUCUCAUCACAUUGUUUUCUUUCUUUCUCAUUUACUUAAUCUUUCUUUCUUUCUUUCUUUCUUUCUUUCUUUCCCUCAAUUUUUUCUUUUUUCUUUGCAUCUGCAUUUCAUUGUUUCCUUGCUUUCAUUCAUUUACUUCACCUCUCUCUCCUAAAUUCUUUCAUUUUUUUCUUCCAUUUUCUUUUUGUUUCUUUGUUGCUUUGUUUCUUUAUUUCUUUCAUUUUCAUUCUUUCUUUCUUUAUUCCAUUAUUUUUCUUUCUUUCUUUCUUUCUCCUUUUUCUUUCUCCUCUUUCUUUCUCUAUUUCUGUUCUUUUCUUUCUUUUUUCUCUUUCUAUAUUUCUUUAUCUUCUUCCUUUCUUUAUUUCUUCCUGUCUUGCUUUCCUUUCUUUUUCCAGUUUCUUUCCUUAUUACCAUUUCUUUCUUUCUUUAUUUUCUUUUCUUUCUUUUAUUUUCUUUUUCUUUUCAUUUUUUCAUUCUUUUUUUUCUUUCUUUUCUUUUCUUUUCUUUUUCUUUUUUUUCUUUCUUUUCUUUUCUUUCAUGGCUCUUUAUUUCUUAUAUUUAUAUUCCUUCCUUCCUUCCUUACAAGGGUUUCUUUCUUUCUUUCUUUCUUUCUUUCUUCCGAUUAUUUUUCUUGCAUUUUCCUCUUUUUUUUAUUCUUUCUUUCUUUUUCCUGUUCCUUUUAUCAUUCAUUCCUUCCUUCAUUUCUUCCUGUCUUUCUUUCAUUUCUAUAUUCUGUUAAUUUCAUUCUUUUUAUCCUUUUCCUUCUUUCUCCUAUUUCUUUUUUCCUUCUUUUUCCUAUUUCUUUUUUACUCUUUCUUUCUUUCUUUCUUUCUUUCUUUCUUUCUUUCUUUCUUGUUUCUAUUUACCAUUUUUUCUUUCUUUCUUUUCCUUUUUUUUCUUUUUUUUCUUUCUUUCUUAAUUUUCUUUCUUUUUCUUUCUUUUUUCUUUCUUUCUGUCUUUCAUUUUCUUUCUUUCCUUUUUUUUUUUUUUCCAUUUUUUUCUAUUCUUUUUUUUUUCUUUCUUUCUUUCUUUUUUUUCUUUUAUUCUUUCUUUCUUUCUUUCUUUUUUUUAUUUUCUUUCUUUCUGUUUUUCCUUUUUCUGUCUUUCUUUGUUCUUUUAUUUUUUUUUCCUCUUUUCUAUUUUUUUUCUUUUCUUCUUUCUUUUCCUUUCAAAGAUUUCUUUCUUUCUUUCUUUCUUUCUUUCUUUCUUUCUUUCUUUCUGUAUUUCCAUUUUUCUGUCUUUCUUUGUUCCUUUGCCGUUUACGUUCUUCCUGCCAGUGUUUCUAUUUACCAUUCUUUCCUUCUUUCUUUCCUUUCUUUCUUUUUUUCUUUCUUUCUUUUUCUUUCUUUCUUUCUUUCUUUCUUUCUUUCUUUCUUUCUUUCUGUAUUUCCAUUUUUCUGUCUUUCUUUGUUCCUUUGCCGUUUACGUUCUUCCUGCCAGUGUUUCUAUUUACCAUUCUUUCCUUCUUUCUUUCCUUUCUUUCUUUUUUUCUUUCUUUCUUUUUCUUUCUUUCUUUCUUUCUUUCUUUUUUUUUAUCUGUUUCAUUCUUUUUUCUGUUCUUUUUCUUCUUUCUUACUUUUUUAUCCUGUUCUUUUCUUUCUUUUACCGUUUUCCUUAUUCUUUCGUUCUUUCUUUCUUUUAUUUCCCUCUCUUAUUUUCUGUUUCUUUCUUUCUUUCUCCUCUUUCUUUCUUUCACGUCUUUCUUUCUCUUCUUUCUUUCUUCCAGUUAUAUAAUAAAGAGACGUAUUAGAAAAACGGAGAGACGAAAUAGGAAAUAG